AGUCUACUGUGUUGAAUGAUUUGGCAAAUCCAGAUAUAACCCAAACGAGUUUGGAGUCGAACCUUAAUCGUUUGUCAGUUGAAGUGUUAAGAUUUGUUUGUCGUGGAAUGGGCCUGUCGGAAAUGGGCCAAAAACAGGAGAUUGUAUCCAGGUUAUUAAAGGAAAGUCAUAACAGAUUGGGCCGAGAGGACUCUGUUGAGGAUGCGGGUGUAACCGGAAAGGCAAAGAAAGCUUGGCCGCAGCUUUUGAGAAGCCAGGAUAAUACACUGUCAGAAGAACUAGAAGCCUUGUGGACAGGUAAUAGAGCACAAUGCCCAGUUGUAGGAGAAAAUUCGCUAGAUGCCUACAGCAAACAAGGCUCAAUGGGUCAAGAUUUUUCACCAACAGAAGCAUUAAUGGAUAAGGCAUUAGCCUCGAGCGAUGUAAACUACAUUCGUAUAGCAAGGCAGGUCGCUAUGGAAAGGGCCUAUGUUGUAAGGGUGGCCGAUGAGAAUGGUUGGGAGGUUGCUGUGAAAAUGGCGAAUGUGGAUGGGUUGGAUCCAAUAAUGGAGUUGUUUGGGAGUAAACGUGAAAGUGCUAGCACAAACGAGACAGGUGCAGUCGUAUGUCCAACCAACGGUUUUUCAGCCACAGUACUUGGGUAUACAAAGUCUAGUUGGUGGCUUUGGGCCAUUUUCUUCGCAAAACCUGCAAAAGAACCCACAGUUUGUGCAAGUAAGAGGGCAACAAGGUGUACUGGGAGUCAUCUCAUCACUGCCAAUGCAGCUGCAAUCUUUUCAUCCGGCCCUCCAGUGGUCCAGAAGGUUCGAUAG